AUGUCUCAGCAUCGAAAGGUCCCUCGAUGCGACGGCUGCCGCCGCACAGAAUCUGAGUCAAAAGUCAAGUUGAAACGCUGCGCUGGGUGCUCAGCAACGAUGUACUGCAGUAGGCAGUGCCAGAAACAGGACUGGGUAUCGCACAAGUGGGUGUUUCUUUAG